AUGGACGAACAAAAACAAAUUGAGAACAUUUACAGAUUUAAGUGGUUCAUGUCUCUCACAAGAAAACGUGCACCAAAAACUGAAGAAACUUGCAAUCUUGGUAGUACAUCAAGGGAAACAACACAAAAUAAUGGAAUGUUUUUCACUAUUCGAAAACGAUUUCAAAAACUGACCUCAGUGAAAAUCAAAGCAUAUGAACCAAAACAGUUUUCAACGUCAUUUGAUCAUUCAUCAGAGGAUCGGCACCACAUUGAAGUUACAGAUCGCUGUUCAGAUAACGAUUUUGCUCGAAUGGUUUUGGAGCAACAUAAUCAAAAUCCUAUCAAAUUUUCUUCGCCCAAUGUGAACCUGCCUGUGAUACCUACUGGAAGUGCAGUUCCGUCGAUGAUAGAUAAGAAUGAAAAUUUUGGAUGUACUGAUCACGCUGACGGUGAGAGUCUGGAUAUGAUGAUGAGAAAGGUGCGGACAAAUCUUCUCAAGUAUGGAUGGUACUGGGGAAAAUUAACAAGAUCUGCUGCUCAAAAGCGUCUUGCACGCCAAGACAAUGGAACGUUUUUAGUUCGAGAUUCAGAAACGGAAAAACAUCAAUUUGCCAUAAGUUUCCGAUGUUCUGGAAUCACACUACACUGUAGGAUUGAUUACAAUGAUAAUAACUGGUCGUUUUCAGGUCUAACAACGCCAACGCAUUACGCAACUAUGGUUGAGCUUAUAGAAGAUUCAAUGAAAAAAUCUGAAUUUGAUGUUAUUGGGUUCGGGAAGCAAACAUCUCCUCUCACGCCUCCAUUUCCCGUACGAUUGAAGAAGCCAAUCAAUAGAUUUUUCGAAGUAGCCACUCUUCAACAUAUGUGUAAGUUUAUUAUACAACAACGAUUAAAUACUAAUGACAUUGCACAUUUGCCUCUACCAAGUAAACUUAAGAAAUAUAUCGAAGAAAAUUUAUAAGUUUUUUUUCAAUGUGUAUCGGUCAGCUAUGUAUUUUUUAAUAAGUUGUUUUUAUGUUUAAUCACCUUAAGUUUUAACAGGAUCUCCGUAUAUGAGAUGUAGGCCCUUUUUACGUUACUGAAAAUAUUUCACUUUAGACAAAAACAUAAAUGUACAUGUGCACUAUUUAAUAAAUGAAGAACUGCCAUAACUGAAAA